GCGUGGCCUGGGCUGUGGAGGGGAGGGCCGUGGGGAAGCUGCUUCCGGGUGAGCACCCCCGCUCUUACGCGGUCUCUGGGAGACCGGAGCGGGAGACAGCGGUGACAGGAGCAGCGGCCGGGAGCCCUUAGGGAGGCAGACAGAGCCUGCAGCCAACGCCCCAGGAGCCCUCGGUUCCAACCAACUGAUGCCCCUGUGCCCACUGGCCCACACCAUGCAGCCCCAGUCCGUUCUGCACAGCGGCUACUUCCACCCACUGCUUCGGGCCUGGCAGACAGCCACCACCACCCUCAAUGCCUCCAACCUCAUCUACCCCAUCUUUGUCACGCCCUGGGCUUGGCCAGGCAGGGAAGCCAGACACUGGAUCCCAUCCUCCUCCCACCAUCUCCACUUCCAUAUUUCUUCCCUGCUUCCCAACCAUCCCUCUCAGUCGCCCCCUCACCACCGGCCCUUCCCACAGCCACCAAUCCAUAUCCCACCCCCGCUCUUGCAGGGAUGUUCCUGAUGACAUACAGCCUAUCGCCAGCCUCCCAGGAGUGGCCAGGUAUGGUGUGAACCGGCUGGAAGAGAUGCUGAGGCCGUUGGUGGAAGAGGGCCUACGCUGUGUCUUGAUCUUUGGCGUCCCCAGCAGAGUUCCCAAGGAUGAGCGGGGUUCCGCAGCUGACUCCGAGGAGUCCCCAGCUAUUGAGGCAAUCCAUCUGUUGAGGAAGACCUUCCCCAACCUCCUGGUGGCCUGUGACGUCUGCCUGUGUCCCUACACCUCCCAUGGUCACUGCGGGCUCCUGAGUGAAAAUGGAGCGUUCCAGGCUGAGGAGAGCCGCCAGCGGCUGGCUGAGGUGGCACUGGCGUAUGCCAAGGCAGGAUGUCAGGUGGUAGCCCCGUCGGACAUGAUGGAUGGACGCGUGGAAGCCAUCAAAGAGACCCUGAUGGCACAUGGACUUGGCAACAGGGUAUCAGUGAUGAGCUACAGUGCCAAGUUUGCUUCCUGUUUCUAUGGCCCUUUCCGGGAUGCGGCUAAGUCAAGCCCAGCUUUUGGGGACCGCCGCUGCUACCAGCUGCCCCCUGGAGCACGAGGCCUGGCUCUCCGAGCUGUGGACCGGGAUGUACGGGAAGGAGCUGACAUGCUCAUGGUGAAGCCGGGAAUGCCCUACCUGGACAUCGUGCGGGAGGUAAAGGACAAGCACCCCGACCUCCCUCUCGCCGUGUACCACGUCUCUGGAGAGUUUGCCAUGCUGUGGCACGGAGCCCAGGCCGGGGCAUUUGAUCUCAAGGCUGCCGUACUGGAGGCCAUGACUGCCUUCCGCAGAGCAGGUGCUGACAUCAUCAUCACCUACUACACACCGCAGCUGCUGCAGUGGCUGAAGGAGGAAUGAUGGAGACAGUGCCAGGCCCGAGAACUAGAACUUUAAAAUGUUCCUGGGGCCUCAGAGAAGUGAAAACCAAAGUAAAUGCUGCUUUUAGAACUGUGCCCUCAUGCCCUCUUCCUGCUCACAUGCUAGCAGGGCCCAGCAGCCCUGGGUGGUUUUGCCAGCAUGCUAACUCUUGUAACUCGCAGCUGCAUCCUAUGAGCUCUCCCAAGCUUCCCUGCCCCUCCCCUGGGUCAACCGUGAGGCUCACCUUUGCCACCCUCAGCUCUUUCCUCUGGUGUGGCUUCAGCUUGAAAGCAACGUGGAGUUGGGGGCACAGCCUUUGGGGCCUGGCUGGGAGAGGGUCUUGGAGCAUUAGGGGAAGAAGAGAGCAGUGGGAUCUUGGGGCCUGAGAAGCCUUGGAACUCUUCUGGCAGCAGAGCUGGGUGUGGGAAUGAGGCCUAGAUCGAUAUCCCUGGGUUAGAGUUGAAAUUUGCUGCAAUUCCACUGGAAGGCAUUUCCCACGAGGCCAGAGGUUGCCAGGCUGCCUGAGGUCUCCUGUUCUACUCUGAACCGUAAACCCGGAGAAGAAUUACUCAUCAACCAGCAGAAAUACUGCCUGAGGAUCAAAACUCAGAGGCAAAGAGGGAGUUCCUGACUGCUGGAGAUGCCACCACCAGAAACACUUUUUUUUUUUUUUUUAAUUAUACUUUAAGUUUUAGGGUACAUAUGCACAAUGUGCAGGUUAGUUACAUACGUAUACAUGUGCCAUGCUGGUGUGCUGCACCCAUCAACUCAGAAAUAACGCCACAUAUCUACAACUAUCUGAUCUUUGACAAACCUGAGAAAAACAAGCAAUGGGGAAAGGAUUCCCUAUUUAAUAAAUGGUGCUGGGAAAACUGGCUAGCCAUAUGUAGAAAGUUGAAACUGGAUCCCUUCCUUACACCUUAUACAAAAAUUAAUUCAAGAUGGAUUAAAGACUUAAACGUUAGACCUAAAACCAUAAAAACCCUAGAAGAAAAUCUAGGCAUUACCAUUCAGGACAUAGGCAUGGGCAAGGACUUCAUGUCUAAAACACCAAAAGCAAUGGCAACAAAAGCCAGAAUUGACAAAUGGGAUCUAAUUAAACUAAAGAGCUUCUGCACAGCAAAAGAAACACUUUUUAUUCAAGGAUACUUUUAGAGAAUCUCUGCUCUGUUCCUAGGUUCAAUGCUGGGUCCUGGGAAUACAGCAGGACAGACCUCAGCUUGUCUCUUCGUAGAAAUUAUACAAAGAGAAUAGGGGAGACAGCUAAGAAGAAAACAAAGAAAUAAAGCAGUUACAAAUUGUGAUAAGUGCUUUGAAGGAAAGAAGGGGUCUGAGACAAAGAACAACAGGGAAGGGGCCUCUCUUGAAACGGUAGUUGGGAAGGAGGCAGACACACCAGUGAUGUGGUGACAGGUGCUGUGAAGGAGGUCACCAGGACCUGACCUGCUUUGAAGGAGGUCACCAGGACCUGACCUGCUUUGAAGGAUCAGAAAAUACUUCCCUGAAGGACUGACAUUUGAGCCUAGACCUGAAGGGUGAGCCAUGAAGCUAAGACAAUUGGGGAAGAGCAUUCCAGGGAGAGGGAGGAGUUGUGCAAAGGCCCUGGGGCUCCUUCUAGCUGGAGGAAUGCAAGGCUAGCUUGUCUGGAGCAUUGAGAGGAUGGCCUGAACUGAGUGGAGAGAGACAGACCAGGACCAAACUAUGCAGAGGUCAAGGGCCACAUUUACCUUUUCAGAAUGACUCAAUCAAAUUUGCAGUUUGUAAAAGUAUUUUAACAGCUCUGUGGCAAAGUGCAAAUGAAAAGUCUUGAUGGCAUGGACUGGAGUGGGGACAGUGGGGAUGGAGAAAGGGGAAUGGAUUGUGGAUGUGUUUAGAAGGUAGAUUAGAUGUGAAGGAUGAAUCUGGCUUGAACUUCUGGGUGGCUGAUGGGCCAUUUACUGAGAUGGGACAGCCUGGAAGAGGAACACAAGCAGGGUCAGGGUGGAGGGGGAAUACUAAACUUAGCUUGAGACAUUUUGCAAUGAGGAAGCUAUAUCUAGAGAGUUUAUGUGACUCACCUAAGGCCACUCAACAAGUUUUGGCAGAACUGGGUUAGAACCACACAGAAAACAGCCAAGCUGGGAUUUGAACCCAUGUAGUCCAGCUCUAAGGCCUCUGCCCCAACCACUGUGCCAUACCACCUCCCAAUAAUCAGCAGCAAAAUUAUAGGUCUAACAAUGUUUUACAGAUACCCCUCCAUUUAUGUGAUGGGUUUGCAUCCUGAUAAACCCAUCAUAAGUUGAAAAUAUGAUCAUAAGUCAAAAAUGUAUUUAAUAUACCUAACCUACCAAACAUCAUAGCUUAGCCUAGCCUGCCUUAAACAUGCUCGGAACACUUACAUUAGCCUACAGUGGGCAAAACUAUCCAACACAAAAUCUAUAUUGUAAUAAAGUUUUAAAGAAUUUUGAAUCAAAA